AUGAUGACGGCCUGCUACGCCGUGCGCUUCCGCGGCCGGGCAGAGACCUGGUCCUACUGCCCCGGAUACGUGGCCACCAACCUGGACACCGUCGGCGGCCCGGCUGCCGUGGCUGCCGCCGGCGCCGGCGACCCGUCCACCGGCGUCCAGGGUAUCUUGGAUAUCCUCCUGGGCAGGAGGGACGACGAGACGGAGCUCAUGGUCACCAGGAAUGCCGGGACGUUUCUCUGGUAG